AGUAUUUCAACGUGUUCAAGAUUUUCUGAACACUAUCCCCAAAACAGAGAGCAGUAGAUUUGGUUCAAGACAUAGUGCAAGACAUCGUGCAAUUUUGUUUUACUUCUUGGAGUUUGCAUCCAUAGACUAUAGUUUUGGAAGCUGUUCAAAAUAAAACUCCAAUGUUGCUAUGAAAUGGCAUCUGUCAAUUGUAUCUUGGCUCGUCCAUACCCGGGUUCAAAUUGAAAACAAACGUAGAGGAGAGGGAGGUCAUUGUUUUUAUACCUUCGAAAUUUCCCGCCGAAAGAUAUAUUAUGAAAGAUUUCCCGUCAUCCCGACUUGGCUGAUUGUUUGAUUCGGCCUGUCUCAAGGGAAUUGCCCCCCACUGAGAGCUGUCUUUUUGCAUCUUCAAAGGCGGAUGCGUGGUCACUUUUUAUUUCCUUGACUGAGCACACACCAUAGACGUGUGCUUUGAACUACCUGAAGGUUUAACUGAGAACCGAAUAAACAUUACCUCGUCAUCGGGUCUUGCACGGAAACAUAAAAGUCGAGAUUUGCCACAAAAGAUACAACAUCCAAGAACUGUCUCUUUUCCUGGACUUGCAGGAAAACCCUUUUACUGGUUGAUAGUACCUAACACGGAAUGUGGUUCCGAUGUAAUCAUUUAAAGGAAAGACGGGAUGUGGCGUCAUAUCUGUCUUUCAUGAAGUGAUGCCGGUACACCAUGGAUUCCCUGCAACCCAUCUGAAAAUAACAGACAACAAUAGAACUGGCAAAGAAACAAGAGGGAUUAAUCAUAUGCAGCUUCGGUGAAACAAGCGAACAAUUUGUAUUGUAUAUACACCUAAACCAAACCAAAGAAGAGACAUAAUGGAUUUAAAGUAUAUUUUCAACGUAUUCACGUUCAUCAUCUAUGCGGCAUCACUUCGGGUGACAGCGGACUCCAGUGAAGACGAUAGCUGCGAGGACUCGGACUCAUCAGAUUAUGAGACGAUGUGUGAACAGUACAUUGCUGUGACGAGAUGUCGGAACAACUACGGGCCAGUCUGUGGGUCAAACAGAAUCACGUAUAGGAGCGAGUACCACCUAGCACUGGCAGCCUGUUCACACGGGAGAGAUUAUCCGAUUAUUCACGUCACACGAAGGGGGUCGUGCAUACGGAUACCCAGACCUCCAGUCAUGGCAACUCGUCCCCCACCUGCCCGUGACCCUUGCGACUUCCGUUGCCAGAGUGGACAGCCGUUCGUCUGUGGCAGCGACGGAGUUGUCUACGAAUCCCGUUGCCAUCUUACUCGAAUCAACUGCUACGGCAACACAUACAUCACGGUUAUGAAUGAAGGAUUCUGCGGGGGCGAACCUACAACGCUAGUGCCGGCAAUGAAGGUUACCUCCCCUACAACGCAACCUGUUGUUGUAACCGUUAUGAUCACGCAACCAUCCGUGGUCACCACUGCCCCAACCACAGUACCGACAACACAGAUGACCACACCGACUCCUACCAGAAGGACGCCAAGACAGUUUGGAGGAAAUAACACACCACAACCCGGUCGCGGCGAUACUCCCUGCAACGACAACUGCCCCGAUGGUCCCGCCGACGGUUCCGCUGCUGUGUGUGGUACGGAUGGCGAGACGUACGAAACAGAGUGCCAUCUCCUUGUCAAACAAUGCCAAGAAGACAGGACGUUGGUCGUGUCAACCCGUGGUCGGUGUCCUCAAGCCCAAAGACAGUGUCCUCCAACCAGUAUCUGUCCAAGGGAGUAUCUUCCGAUAUGCGGUACGGGAAACAUCACCUAUCCGUCGUUGUGCCAUUUCCAGAUAGCCGCCUGUAAGGCCAAAGAUGACUCGAGAAAGGUCCUUCUUGCAGGAGAAUGCCCAAACAAUCUACAGCGAUCUUGCCCGAGUUGUCCACCAGAGAUAAAUGAAGUAUGUGGAUCAGACAACAUGACUUACACCAGUGAAUGUGCACUUCGGGAAAUCUCUUGCCUUUACAACCUUCCCGAUCUUCAGGUGGCGCAUCUUGGACAUUGCCCGAAUCAAGAAUGUCCCGAUACAUGCACUGACGUCAUGGAUCCAGUGUGUGCGACCAACGGCAAGACAUAUUCUUCGUUGUGCGCCCUCUCUGUUGAAGCUUGCAAAUACAAGGAUACUCAAAUCACAGUGGCUUACAGAGGCAGAUGUUCAGGAGAUUUUUGUAAUGUGGUAUGUCCGGAUAUCUAUGAGCCGCUAUGUGACAACAAAGGGACAACGUAUCAGAAUGUCUGCCAGCUAUGGAUCGCCAUUUGUAGAGACCCCGGACUUACCAAGAAACUAGAUCAAGAAGGAUGCAAUCUCGCUAUUCCUUAAACUAUUAUACAUCCUUUUUUAAAUCAGCAACUCGAAGAGAAGAAUGAUUUUAUUUCGGUGUGAAAAUCGAAAUCUGCUAUGGUGAUAAUCAGCGAGUCUGUGGACUUUCAAGAUGUCAUGUGACUCUUCGCUACACUUUACCAUGGUUACAAGUGGAAUGUUUAUUCGACAAGGGAUCAAGACACUGUCUGGAAGCAGUUUGAACAAGGCAACUUAGAUUGAGUGUUGGUCUUUUUAGGUGUUUCUUGAGGUUAUGCAUGCUCUGAAACAUGAAAAAAAUUUUUUAAAGAUAUUCACAAUAAAAAAAAAUAAUGGUUAAGUUACUGUGAACAUGGUAAUGCUACAAAAAAGCUUUCAGCGAUAGAUGGUGUAUAUUGUAAUAUUCUUCAAGUGUCAGGCAGUGAUCGUUAUUCAAUGUCUUUUUUAUUAUUGAUAUAUUCGUGACUUUUUCAUUCAUAUCAAUCAUUCAUUGCAUUUGAUAUGGCUGUUUAAAAUUAUUCGACUUACACUUUAGCUGGAUUUAAUGACGUGGUACUUGCAUCAAAAGUACUAUAAAAAAAAUCACAUUUCUGUAAAGCAUUCGGAUUCAUCCAUAAUUAAAGGGAAACCGUAAAUUAAUGCCAUAAAAUGGUUCAUUAAUUCAACUUUAAAAAGUUAGAAGCAAAGACUACAACGAACGAAUUAUGAGUUGGAAAAGUGUGUGAUUACAAACAAGACCUUGGAUUUUAUUCGAUGGCGAAAUUGACAAAGAAUAAAACUGGAAGACCGCAUUGAAAAUGACGGAGAUUUUGUUUUUGUAUGUGUGGAUGAACUGUUCCUAGUAUUUGUUUUCUUCAUCAGAGCUAUCUGAUUUCUACUCCGAAUUGAUUUCGAAUACUAAUGUAUGAAUAUUAAACCCAAAAUAAAAGC